AUGGCCGCGCAGCCUCGCCAGCCCGACCACCACAUCACCACCAAGGGCUUUCCUACCCCGCCGCAAAAUGAGCUCACCACCCCCUCAGCAGUGAGCACCGCCGCCUACAAACCCCUCCUCCCCAAUGAGAUCCGCAUCCUGGAGCUCCAGCCCGGCGCCGUCCAGAGCGAGAUCCAGUGCCGCCUGUCCACCGCGCGCUUUGACUACUACCGCCCCUACGAGGCCCUUUCCUAUGUGUGGGGGGACAGCCCGGCCAGGCGCCCGAUCAGCGUCGACGGCGCCCGCGUCCAUGUGACGGCCAACCUCGAGGCCGCCCUGCGCCAGCUGCGCAAGGAGAAGUCGGUGCGCUACCUGUGGGUGGACGCCCUGUGCAUCAACCAGGCCGACCCGGACGAGAAGGAGGCCCAGGUCCGCAUCAUGUACGACAUCUACCAGCAGUCCAAGGUCGUCGUCGCCUGGCUGGGCGAGGCCGACGCCGAGAGCGCCGCCGCCAUGAGCCUCAUCGACUCCUUCGCCGGCUUCCUCAAGAACAUGUGGUCCAAGGACGACAACUGGCAGUCGCGCGCCACGGGCACCCGCGAGCGCCAGUCCGAGGUCUUUGCCCGCCUCGGCUACCCGCUCGAGAAGCAGAACUGGCCCUCCCUCUGGCGCCACCUGCACCGCCCGUACUGGUCGCGCAUGUGGGUGCUGCAGGAGCUCGCCACCGCUGGCCACUGGAAGGGCCGCAACAAGCCCUGCAUCGUCCAGUGCGGCACCCACAUGACGUCCUUCCACAACCUGCAGAUCGUCCUCGAGCAGGUCCGUGCUAUCCUGAUAAGAGGGCUCAAGCAGGAGGCCGACUCGGGCGCCUAUCUCGAGCCCUUCAAGUCCUUCACAGAGCAGGGCAGCACCGAGCCGCCCGGGCUCGUCAUGACCGAGCUGCUGACACGGCUGCAUCGCGAGGAGCUGGAUAUCCUGAAACUGCUCUAUCUCACAAGCAGGCUCAAGGCCACUGACCCCCGUGACAAGUUAUAUGCCCUUCUCGGCCUUAUACCCUCAGCACAGGCUCUGAGACCCGACUAUAAGAGAUCCACCAGUGCCACGCUGAUAAACCACGUCCAGAACUGGGUGGAGAGAGAAGGCACGCUGGAUGUUAUAUUCUCAAAUCGCCUGGACCCGUGCGCCUCCGGACUCCCGGGCUGGACGCCGGAGAUCCGCGCCGAGCACCAGGCCUACAGCGAGUGGGAGAGGAUGGGGGUCGACACCCGCUUCCGGGCCGGGUACGGCAAGGGCGCCGACGUCGAGAUCUUCCAGCCGUACCAGAACAACGGCGAGACCCCGCCCAUGAUGCGCGCCCGAGGCAUAGUCAUCGGCGAGCUCGAGUCCAUCAUCGGCCCGUCCAAGUCCGACGAGUCGGCGCCGCAGUCCACCACAAAGAUGACCACCGGCAGCGACGCUGGCCAAAGGUUCAUCGACACAAUCUUCACGCCGCUGCAGGAGUUCGCGUCCCGCAUCAACGACGGCACCCCAGAGUACGAGACCUUCUGGCGGACCCUCACCCUCAACGUCGACGACCGCUGGCCCCCCGGCCUCGCUCCGGACUCGUUCCGCGUAGGGAGCCUUCUCGCCUUUAGCAAGCGCGGGCAAUCCCCGAGCAAGAAGGACGUCUGGUUCCACAAGAUCAAGUCGUGGUUCAACAAGAAGGAGCUCAACAUGCUCGACUACAGCAACUCCUCGGGCUCGCGGGGGCCCUCCAUCGACGCCCGGGUGCGCUUCAUGCGCCACAUGAGCAACUGCAUCCACAACAGGACCUUCUUCACCACCACGUCGAGGAAGUUCAUGGGCCUGGGCCCCUACGGCGCGCAGAGGGGGGACAUCGUCGUGGUGCUGUACGGCUCAAAACGGUGCGUCGUGCUGAGGCCGAGGGGCGCCGAGGGGGGAGGCUACGUCGUCAUCGGGACGGCGUACGUCCACGGCGUCAUGGGCGGGGAGCUGCUGCGCCGCGACAAGGUGGACGAGACGGUUUUCAACUUAUACUAA